UGAAUCCGUUCUCUAGUAAUACGACAAAUCGACCGCCAGGCUCGCAGCCAGGCGCACCUCCGCCAAAGAUCCGUCGUCCUCGAGCUGCAGAUCCGCUUGUUCGGCCGAAACGGAAGCCCGCAACAAGGCCACCAGGUGCUGCGCCGGCAGGAAAUGGAUCCCUGGCAAGACCGCUGCCAACACGGCCAUUUACACCGACUCCGCUGCCGAUAUCUCGCCUUGAGAAAGCCAAGCCAAUUUCUUCGGCGAAAGAUGGCAUGGCAUUUAAUGGAUUCAGCGGGCCCUUGCUCUCCGAGACCUAUGUGGACUACCCUUUGGUUACUACGAAGCGAGCAUUACGCGAAGGGCUAAAGUUUCAUAUCGCAAGGUUUUCUUCGAAAAAGCCCGUGGAUCCCCGCGAAGAAUCCCAGUUUACUAGGCCUGUCAGGCUUCAACGUCGCGAUCCCAGAACGAAAUACGGCGAAAACGAAGCGGGGAAAGCUGCUAAUCGGGAGUUCAACUCGGAUGGAAAUCCGAUCACAGACGAUGCAGAAAUCGAUGAGCUCGAAGCUAGGAAGGCUGCGCGUGAGAAAGAGCGCGCCGAGAAUCUUGCCCAGAUCGCACCCUCCGUCGGAACGUCGCAAAAGCGGACAAACGUUGCUAAGCAGAAAACACAACAAGUCUCGAAGAUAGACCUGACACCAGAAGAAAUCGCCAAAGCACGGAUCAAAUAUGAAGAAGCUCUGCCCUGGCAUUUGGAAGACUUUGAUAACAAGAAUAUCUGGGUCGGAAACUACGAAGCUGCGCUGUCAGAGACCCAUGCUGUCUUUGUUCUAGAUGGCUCGGGGAAAAUGAGGAUGAUACCAGUCGAGAAAUGGUACAAGUUUAAUGCCAAAAGCCAGUUUAAGGCACUUACGAUUGAAGAGGCGGAGAAGUUCAUGUCUAAGAAGAUCAAGGAUCCAAGAUGGUUCAUGGAGAAGCAGCAAGAGAUGGCCGAACAGAAGGAGCUGGAACAAUAUGCCCGGCAGCGUAAGGUUUAUGCUGGCAAGCAGGGCGCUCCCGGCGGCGGGGAAGGUUUGGAGGCAGAUGAUAUGGAUUUCGAAGAAGACCGAUUCGCCGAUGACGAAGAACACGACGACUUGUUCCAUGAAGACGAGGACGCAAAGGCGGCUGAAAAGAGAAUCAAAGAAGACCAACUGAAGGCGAAUGUGUUUGACUUGAAGCAAGAAAAGGAAUACGAGGAAGAAGAGUUGAGAGAGAAGCGGGAGAAAGAAGCACGCAGGGUCUUGGGAAAGAAAGUCAGAAAGGCGCUUCAGAAGAGAGAAAAGAACUUCGACUAUAGCAGUGGUUCUGAUUUCAACCCUUACUCAGAUGAAGAGAGCUCCGAAGACAGCGAAGAGGAGCGAGCCAAGGAAGAGGAACGGAAAGCUGAAGAGGAGAAGAACCGAAAGGAUGCUGCUACUGCAUCCAAGGGCAGCACCACCCCUUCUGGUCGGCUGAAAACCACGGAUCCUUUGAAGAAAGCCAAAAAGCGAGUUGGCUCCCCCAGUCUUUCCGACGCAAGCGGCACAGACACUUCACGGAAACAGACUAAGAACAGGCAUCUGGCACCCCAAGUGGCUUCACGCCCAAUGUCGCCAUCUGCGGCAAACCAAGCGACUAUCGGCAAGAAGCGGAUGCGGAAUGGCCCCGGUGGUGGAGCCGGUUCUACCAGCGAUCUCGACGGAGGCGCUGGCUCGGCAGGCGAGAUGAGUGAGACUGGAAAGUCGAAGAAGUUGAAACUCACAUCGACACUUCCAUCUCAGGUUGGCACACCGCAAGGGUCUCGAGCCAAUAGCCCGGCACCCCCUGGUGUUAGAGGAAACACGGGAAGCCGUGCUAGUAGCCCGGAGGGUGGUAUGAGAGUUCCAGGCCGUGUUUCUACCCCUAUUCCUUCUGGCCCACAGAGCUUCCCUACUCCUGCCGAGAUUCACGCCGCAAUUCCCCCGUCUGGAAUCCUGAGCAGCGACCUACUGAAGAAGUUCCGUCUUCGCAUCGGAGAAUCCAAGGAGAACCACCGGAGAUUUAUCACCAUUGUCAAGGACGUUGGUGUUUACGGCAAGGAAGAUAGGCUCUUACGCCCAGGAGUGCUGAAGGAUAAAUAGUAGUUUAAACUUCAUUUGUAAUUGAUAAUUGGAAGGUCAUUGAGAAUGAGAUGGAUGUGGGUUUGUUCCCCUUGGAAACACUGCUUUCUGUGCUCUAACAUAGAUCAAGAUACUAUCUUAUUCAGCUACGUGAAUGGAAAGACUAAAAUAAGAC